GCCGAGGUGACCCCGCCCCGCCCCCAGCCGCCACACCUAUAUAACGCGCCUCCACUCACCCAUCUCGCGCGCCGACUCCGCAAUGCUGCUGCCCAUCCUACGGAAAAAGAAACAUGCUGCCGGUCACGCGCAGCCGCGCCUGGGCGUAGCGCAGGCAAGGAAAGCAUCUCCAACAGGCAGCGGGGAACCGGAACCGGAAGGCGACCCUCUACUCCGGGAGCGCAGCGAUCAGGUGCUGGAAGAAAGGGAGAUCUACAACCUAGCAAUGCAGACACAUCUUAAUAGCAAGUCUUGGGACAUUACCCGUAAUCUCCGAGAAAACCAGCUUGGAGGGGUGAUCUUUGGUUGCAAGCAUGAUACGAUUGAAGAAUGCUUCAGAAAACAGCUUUUUGGUCUGCCUUCAGUCCAUUAUUCAUAUGUGAGGAAUAUCAAACCUGGCCUGCCUUUAUUUCUGUUCAAUUAUAGUGACAGAAAGCUCCAUGGUCUUUUCGAGGCUGCAAGCCCAGGUCAGAUGUCUAUUGAUCCAUAUGCUUGGAGUAAAGAUGGCUCCUUAAGCACAGCUUUUCCUGCGCAGGUUCAUAUUUGCAUGAAGACUCAGUACCCACCACUGCUGGAGACCCAAUUCAAAAAAGUGCUUAGUGAUAACUAUUACAGUCAUCACCACUUCUAUUUUGAACUAGACCAUGCACAGACAAUAGCUUUACUUGCUUUGUUCAAAUCACUUGCUCCUGCUAAUUUCAACCAAGUUCCAGAUGUUUCAAGGAAAAAGAGUCUUACCGUAUCUCUACCAUCAACUAAAAGGAAGGAAUCAGUUGUUUCUAACACACAUAAUGUCACAGCGAAUUCAAAGGAUACCAAUCCAUUUAGCCUUUUAUCAAAUUCAAGUGGCAUUGCUCCAGGUAACUGGGCUGAUUCUGAUGCAGACAAUGCUAGUAACACUGAUGAGAACAAAUCCGGGGCACCAAUUUCUGAUUGGGAGGAUUUGGAUAGCAAUGUACUUCAAAACCAGGUUGGUCUUCAUUCAAGUCCAGAUGAGGCCAGUAAAAAUUCCUCAAACAAAACUGUUGGCCAAGGGAUGGAGCUUGUUGAAUGCAAUCAUCCAGUUGUCAAUCCUGUGAAUGGAGAAAGAGACACUUUUGAGGCAUCAAUGCUUGUGAACUCACAUAAUACAGAUGCUGUGGAUGUUGAUGAAAUAGAGAGUGAGGUUCACAAUAACCCAGGUGAUGUAGGGAUACAGCCUGAAAGACUGACUAUCCUGAAAAGGCUGAAAGAGUUGUCUUUAAUACGACAGCAGGCAGAACUAUCUUCCCAGGAUUGUGCUGAUUCUAGUUCAGAUCAAUGUGUACCUGAAGAAACACAAGUCAAUGCAAACCUUUCAUGUGACCCAUUUGGUGCUACAAUGGAAAAUAAAACCGUGUUUAAGGAAUGCCUUGGAAAUGCUGAGCUGCUACAAAUCAUCAGUGAUUUAACCAAGAGGACUGAAGCAUUGGAGAAAAAACAGAUUGAGUCAAACCAAGAUAUAAUUUCGUUGAGGGAAGUAGUUAAAGACUCAGGAAGGAAAGUACAGCAACUGGAAUACCUUGUAGAUGAGUUACAGUUCAAAUUUGACUCUUCAUUGUCUCUUCUUGGAAGCAUGUGCAAUAAUGUAGUAACACCAUCAAUAUUCCUGAUUGGUGGUUAUAAUGGCGUGACCUGGUUAUCAUCUCUUGAUUCUUUUUCUCCUGAGAAAGACAUACUGGUUGGUCUCACACCAAUGGGUUCUGCCCGCUCAUAUGCAUCUGCUGCUGCACUGGAUGGUCAUAUAUUUGCUUUUGGUGGUGGAGAUGGCAUGUCAUGGUAUAACACAGUGGAAUGCUAUAGUUCAAGGAAUAAUGAGUGGACAGAAUGCCCCUUGUUGAAUCGUAAGAAAGGAAGUCUUGCUGGUAUCAGUCUUAAUGAUAAAAUAUAUGCUAUUGGUGGAGGAGAUGGAAAUGAAACCUACUCAGAAGUUGAGAUGUUUGAUCCAUAUCUUGGGAAAUGGAUAUGCAGUCCAUCUAUGCUGCUCUCUCGAUUUGCUCUUGCUGCGGCCGAACUGAAUGGUGUCAUCUAUACAGCUGGUGGAUAUGAUGGAAGCAUGUACUUGGAAUCAGCAGAAAGGUAUGAUCCAAGGGAGGGUUUCUGGGUCCGGCUUCCAAGUAUGAAUACAAGGAGAGGAUGCCACGCCUUAACUGUCCUGGGAGAUGCCCUAUACGCUAUGGGAGGGUAUGACGGGGACAAAAUGGUUUCUAGCGUAGAGAUCUACGACCCUCGCCUCAACGCCUGGAGGAUGGGUGAUCCCAUGAACACCCCAAGAGGAUAUGCCGCUACAGUUAAUAUGGACGAUAGCUUGUUCCUAAUUGGUGGUAUGCAGUCCAGUGUGCAGAUUCUGGAUACUAUGGAAGUUUACAGUGCGAGCUCCGGCUGGUCAGUCCUUAGUUUCGGUUCAAUUGGGAAGAGGUCCUUUGCAUCUGCCGUUGUCAUGUAAUUGCUAUUCAGGAGUUUAGGGUUCAUCUUAUCAAAGUUUUUGAAAUAUUGCUGCCAUUCCAAGGAAUGUUUAGAGUAAAUCGGGGCAAAUGCCUCUUCUGAAGCGUUCGGGUUAUGAACAGUAAAAACAGUUGUAUGAUAGACCGUGUGGUCCAAAGUGAACUUUAAACCUUUAUUUAAAGACUAGAAACCAUACAUUCACCGCAGCGUGUGGAUGAACCUUUUUGUCAGAUAGGAAUGCCCAAACUCAUGGAGUACAAUACAAAAGAAUGUUUUGUAUGCCGUUAUU